AUGGCUUCACAAGAGGAAAACCAAGCUCAGCCCUUUGCAGACAUCUUUGAUGAAGAUGAAGCUGAAAAAUCCUUUCUGUUGUCCAAGCCCACUUGCUUAGUUGUCCUUGGAAAGCCAGGUUCUGGAAAGAAAACGUUAGCUAGAAAACUAGCACAAAUACGGAAAUGCAUUUUCAUAGAAGCUUUGGAAGUAAUUCAAAUGAAUAUUCAUGAAGGAACAGAAUAUGGGCUUAAGUGUCAAGAAUUGCUUUUUAAAGGUCAAAGUAUUUCUGAAGAACUGGUCACAGAAAUGAUUCUGAAAAAGAUUGAGUCACCAGAAGUUGCUCAUUUUGGUUAUAUUCUCAGUGGAUUUCCAUCUCUGUCGGAGGAAUACAUGACUGUUUCACAGCAAAUAGAGAAAAUAAAAAAUCUAAAAUUAAAACCGGAUUUCCUGAUUAACAUUAAGUGUUCAGACUAUGACUUAUGCCAAAGAAUAUCAGGACAAAGGCAACACCCCAAUUCAGGGCAGGUAUAUCAGAGGAACCAGUGGGAUCCUGGUGUUAUUGAAAAGCAUAAGAAAGAGAAAGAUCAGCAUGAAGAGGAGUAUGAAGAAGAAUAUGAAGAGCAGGAAGAAGAAGAGACUGCAGAAGAUCCACUUAUGAUGUCAGAAUUUUUGCAUCAAUUAGUUCAGAGGCCUGAAGAUAUUCUUGAAAAUGCAGAGGAAAGAGUUAGAACGUAUAAGGAUAUAAUGCUUCACCCUUUAGAAGACUUGAUGGCUGAACAGGAUUGUCAAUAUCUUAUUGAACUCGAUGGAAAUCAACAACCAGAUGAUCUCUUUGUAUCGGUGGUAGUUCGACUUCAAUCUCUUGGUGUUCGAAAUGGAGCUCCUAUAACUAGACUUCAAAGUCAGCAAGAAGAAAUGCUGGAGAGACUGGAAAAUGAUGAACUUUUCCGGGUUCUGUCAUCUUACAAAUUAAUAGCGCGCAGAUACCAAUGGCGUAGAAGCAGGUGGGGGCAAGCGUGUCCUGUGGCUUUAAAGGAAGGUGAUAUUGUAAUGGGAAACCCAGACUUGGCUGUCAGUUUUCUAGGUAAAAUCUACGUACUGUCAUCCCUGGAGGCAUUGGAAACAUUUAUGUUGAAUCCACGGCCUUACCUGUUACCACCAAUGCCACUUCCUCCUUGUAAAGUGCUAGUAUUUGGUCCUCCCUUUUCUGGAAGAACAACUAUUUGUAACCUAAUUGCACACAAAUAUAAAGGAAAGGUUCUUGAUAUGACCAAACUCGUUCAACCCCGUAUGGAAGAAUCAAGAGAAGAAAACAUUGAGCAAGUGCGAAGGGAUACAGUAGAAAAAGCUAUAACAGCAGUGAAAAAUAGGUUAGAAUUAGAAAAACAGUCAAGAGAAUCAGGAGACUUGCAAGAACAUAGUAGUGUCAAAGCAGAUGAUUCUGAAGAACCCACUAAAACCAGAGAAGGAAUAAACUUGGAAGAGGAGACUGCUAUAAAUUCUGCCAUCAUCCAAAAAAGAAUGUCAGAGAUAACUGCUGACCACCCAGAAGUUCAAGCGAUGGUAGAAGAAGCCAUAAAACACGCAUCAGUCUCCGACAUUACACUGUCACCUGAAAUAUAUGCUGAAGUACUGGAGAGAGCUAUUGCAGAGCUUAUGAAGAAGAACAAAGACAGGUUUCCUGGUGCUCCAGACAAAGGAGGAUGGGUAGUGGAUAACUACCCUCUGUCAGUAGAUCACUGGUCAGCUUUAUCAGAAAAAGGACUUUUACCUGAUACUGUUGUCUGUCUGAAGGAUACAGAAAAAGAUGGAGUCUGUAUACUACGCAGAACAUACUUAGCAAAUAGGGAUGAAAUUAAUUCUAAGAUUUUGAAAAGACUAACAGAUGAAGCAUUAGAAAAGAAAGAAGAAGAAGAAAGAAGAGAAAUGCAAGAAAUACUGACAUCAGAGGAAGAUCUGUCUCCAGAGGCUGCUGAGGAGAAAGAAUUUGAGGACAAUGAUGAGCAGCUUCCACCUGAAACUGAACGAAUACCCCAGAAACAGUCCAGUGACUCUGCAGGUUAUAAAGAAGAAUCUAAGCAUACAGAAAUCAUACUACCUGAGUUUGCAGAGGAUGAUUUUCCAGAUAUACCAGAAAUGGAAAUAAUUAAAAGGAAGAUUGACCUUUUCAUGCAUGACUGGCAAACAAUGGAGUCACAAAUCAAGCAGUCAUCUCUGGUUCAGGUUGUUGUUUUAGAGAUUGCUGAGCAAACUCCAGAAAGUCUGCUUAAUCAAAUUGUGCUGAUUAUGGAACAACCUUUUAAAUAUCACGGUUGGGAAUUAUCUGCUGAAGACUUAGAUGAGGAAGCAGAAGAUCUGGCUGCUGAAGGGGAAGAUGAAGUUGAAGAAGAGGAAAAUGAAGAUGAAGAAGCUCCUCCCUUACGGGUGUGCUUACUUGGGACUCAUGGAGCAGGUAAAACUACUUGUGCACGACAGAUAGCAGACAAAUUAGGCAUUUUCCAUAUUCAGUUUGAAGAAUAUCUACAGGAAUUGAUCUUACCCAAAACUAAAGAGAAAGUUGGGCCUGAUUUUGAUGAAGAACCUGAAGAAGAUGACGAUAAAAUGCCAAUUCUGCCAAUUCUGUCACAGGAACUGGACAGCUUCUCUCAGACCAUGACUAAAACUGAUAUUGAAAAAAGCAAACAGGAAGUGGAGUUAACCGAUGAGGAAGAAGCAAUCAAAGCAAAUCUAAUGGAUAAUGAGGCACUGCCUCCAGAAGUCCUUGAUAACAUUGUUCUUGACUGGUGGAGGAAAGAGCCAUUCCGGUCCACAGGAUUUAUACUGGAUGGUUUCCCUCGUACUUUAGAUGAAGCCCAGUAUUUGUCAGAACGAGGACUCUGUCCUGAUGUUGUGGUUUAUAUUCAAAUAGAAGAAAGUGAUGUUCUUGAACGUCUUUUUCCUCCACGUCUGAAAAAAUGGAAAGAAAGACAGUAUAAAAAAAUGGAAAAUAAAAAGAAACUGAAAGACCUGAAAGCAAAAAUAAGG